CUUGGGAUAAAGAAUAAAACAAGAACAAACAAGGAGCUGUACUAGGAAAACUAAUGGAGUUAGAUACUGUCCUAGCUCUUGUACUAGUAUUCUCAUGUUCUUGCUUAACCCUUCUUUCAAGUGAAGACAAUAUCAAGGUGGGCAAAUCAAUUACUGGUAAUCAGAAAAUGGUUUCAACAGGUGGAACUUUUGCCUUCGGCUUUUUCACUCCAGGCAAUUCUACAUUUAGCUAUAUUGGCAUAUGGUAUAAUACCAUCCCUGAACUAACUGUCAUUUGGGUUGCUAACAGACAAUCUCCAAUCCCUCAGAAUUCUACUGCAGUUUUCACUAUUGGUGAUGAUGGAAAUUUAGUGCUUUUUGAUGAAAAUGGUAAACUUAUUUGGUCGUCAAAUGUUUCGUCCACAACAGGUUUGGCUUCAAAUUCUGCUGUGGGAGCAUUGUUAGAUAAUGGAAAUCUUGUUCUUAUGCAUGGUGAGUCCCAUAUAUUGUGGCAGAGCUUUGAACAUCCUACGGAUACAUUUAUGCCUGAGAUGAAACUCGGUUAUAAUAGAACGACUAGCCAACGAACUCUGGUCAAUUCGUGGACAAGUAGUGAAGAUCCUCGGCCUGGAAAUUUCUCUUUUGGAGUAGACCCUCAAGGGCGACCACAGUUUUACAUUUGGAAGCAGAACAGUAUUUAUUAUAGGUUUGACGAUAGUAAUGAAUACUCUGGAGGGAAUUUCCUGGGAAUUGCAUGGUAUCUUUCUGUUGUUUCAGGAAAAGAUGGAGUAUUUCUUACUUAUGGUUACACCAAAAGCCUGAUAACAAUAAUCGUCGUUUUGAAUCCUGGUGGAUACCUUCAGGUGCUGGCAUGGAUUCAGUAUGCUAAUAAAUGGAAAGUUGAAUUUCAGGCACCACAAGUUCCUUGUGAACUUUACGCGCAGUGUGGUCCAUUUGGCAGCUGUGGGAUCAGAUCAAACAGAUGCAAAUGUUUAACAGGAUUUGAACCAAGAUUUUCGACAGAUUGGGCAAAUGGGAAGCCGAAUGGAGGUUGUGGUAGAAAAGUAGCAUUGGGGUGUGAUGGCGGAGAUGGGUUUUUGAAGCACGAGAAUAUGAAGUUGCCCGAUCAUGCUAUCUCCUUCGGGAAUAUGAACAUUAAGGAGUGUGAAACUCAGUGCAUUAGAAACUGUUCCUGCUCAGCUUAUGCCUAUUCAAAUAGCACCUGUUUAGUUUGGUUUGGAGAUUUACUAGACCUUGCACAUAACUAUACUGCUGGCAGAGCUCUCUAUGUUCGAGUUCGUGGCUCUGAGCCAGUUACUCAUCGCGUAUCUGGGAAUUCAGCUCGGAGACACAUAGUUUUUAUUGCAAGAAUUGUUUCUGCAAUAUCUGCUAUCUUGGUUCUUAUUAGUAUUUUUGUUUUUGUCUUCAAAAGAAAGCACUUGAGAAGACAAGGCUGGACACAUGGAACUUCUGCUCUCAUUAAGUCUGUAUCUAGCUUGUAUUCUGUGGGAAAAAGCGAUAUGAAGUUGCUACAGUUCAGCCUGCAGCAAACAAGAGAGGCUACAGACGAUUUCCACGAGGAAAACAAACUUGGAGAAGGUGGCUUUGGCCCUGUGUUUAAGGGGUUUUUGGUCGAAUUUGGAGACGUAGCUAUCAAAAGGCUAUGCAGAAGGUCAUCUCAAGGACAGGAGGAGUUCAUGAAUGAGUUGAAGUUAAUUGCAAAACUGCAGCACAAAAAUCUUGUCAGCCUCUUAGGAUGUUGUGUUGAAGGCGAGGAGAAAAUACUAAUCUAUGAAUAUAUGCCCAAUUGCAGCCUGGACAAAUUUCUUUUUGACUCUCGUCUAAAAGUUACACUAGAUUGGAGUACGCGUUUCAAGAUAAUAGAAGGAAUUGCUCAAGGAAUGCUUUACCUACACAAAUACUCGAGAUUAAAAGUCAUUCACAGGGACUUAAAGGUAAGCAACAUUCUGCUUGAUGAAGAGAUGAUCCCUAAAAUAUCAGACUUUGGAAUGGCAAGGAUUUUCGGGACUGAUCAAACACAGGCCAAUACAAACCGAGUUGUUGGUACAUAUGGCUAUAUGUCUCCCGAAUAUGUAGUAUAUGGCCAAUUUUCAGAGAAAUCAGAUGUAUUCAGCUUUGGAGUAUUGGUGCUAGAAAUUCUGACUGGUGAGCGAAACUCAGACUUUUUCAUGACUGAAGUCUCUGUGUCCCUCUUAGGAUGGGCAUGGAAUAAGUGGAAAGAAGGAAGCUUGUUGGAGUUGAUUGAUCCAUCAAUAAGGGAAACCUGCGAUAGUGAUAAGGCGACAAGGUCUAUAAUGGCUGCACUUCUUUGUGUUCAAGAAAUCCCAACUGAUCGGCCAACAAUGUUUGACAUAGUUGUCAUGUUGAGCAACGAAACAUUGCCCAUCCCAGAACCAAAAGAACCUGCAUUUCGCAGCAGCUUGCAAUCUCAACAGUUAAAUGAUAUAUCCAUAAAUGAGAUGACAUUUACCUUGCCGGUGCCUCGAUAAGAGGAUUUAGUGUUCCAACUUCUUGUAGUAAGUUUUCCUUGUUAGGACAGAACCAUCUUCUCCAAAUCAUAAAUUUCUUAAUUGUGUUUUAGAAAGGAGAGAUGUUUGACACCUCCCCUGAUGGGGAGGGACCCCUGUCUGCCAGCCCACAACUUUAGGAUAAACUAAUCUAUAGAUUUUGCUUAAAAAAAUUUCAGGCUUUACUUGUUAACAGAAGAUAAGGUCCUUAAUUGUUGAACCUACAAAGUGUAGGCUCUCGAAUAAAUACAGACUGAACUUCACAUUGAUGUUUCCUUGUCUGUUCUGCUGGUUUAUCAAAUUUGAUCAUCUUGUUUUCUA